AUGAAAAAAUACACUAUUGUAGUUAAACUCGGUACUUCGUCUCUUGUAGAUGAGGUCACUCGUGAACCUCGCCUCGCCAAUAUGUCUUUGAUAGUAGAAACGUUGGUUAAGCUUAGAAGACUGGGCCACAAGAUCGUGAUAGUUUCGCUGGGAGCCAUCGCCAUUGGAAUGAAAAGAGUAGGGUUGAGUGUAAAGCCAUCCAAGUUAUCAGAAGUUCAAGCUUUGGCUUCAAUAGGCCAGGGCCAGUUGAUCGGCCUUUUCGAUGAUUUAUUCCGUCAGUUGAAUCAGAUCAUCGCACAGAUAUUAAUUACUAGAAACGACAUAAUGGACUUCACACAGUAUAAAAAUGCCACUAAUACGAUCCAUGAGCUAUUAGAGAUGGGCGUGAUCCCAAUUGUGAAUGAAAACGACACCCUUUCUGUUGCAGAAAUCAAGUUUGGUGAUAACGAUACCUUGUCUGCCAUAACUGCAGGUAUGGUACACGCAGACUACUUGUUUUUAAUGACCGAUGUAGAAUGCUUGUACACCGACAACCCUAGGUCGAACCCCGAUGCCAAGCCUAUCUUGGUUGUAGACGAUAUUGAUGAAUUGUCGGUAAAGACAGACACAGAAAGCGCCCCAAUAGGUGGUGGUAGUAAAGUAGGGACUGGUGGGAUGACUACUAAGCUUAUUGCCGCAGAAUUGGCUACCAAUGCUGGUGUUACUACCAUAAUAACUCUUUCUUCGAAACCUCAGUGUAUUUUGGAGAUUGUUGCCAAUAUCCAGCACCAAGAUGGAAAGAAUUUGAGUAUUGCUCAGCAACAUGAGACCAUUUUAGAUGAUGUCAACAAAAACAAAUUGCCUCUCCAUACCAGAUUUUUAGGAUUACCAAGGGAUUCACAAAUCAAAUCGGAUAAGAAAUUUUGGUUAUUACAUGGAUUAAAGACCAAGGGUUCGCUAAUAAUAGACCAGGGGUGCUACGAUGCGUUGACGAGAAAAAACAGAGCAGGUUUACUACCAGCAGGUAUAGUGGAGGUAGAGGGAACUUUCCAUGAAAGUGAGUGUGUUGAAUUGAAGGUCAUUCCAAAAAGAGAUAGUCCUAUUACAGAAGCAGUAGCAAAAGGACACUGUAGAGUAAAUUAUAGCUCUACCGAAAUCUCGUUGAUCAAGGGCUUAAAGCUGAAUGAAAUCGAAAACAAGUUGGGAUUCGCCGAUAGUGAAUAUAUCGCACACAGGGACAACAUAGCUUUUCCUCCAAAGGUCACUAUUUAA